CUAUCGCUGCCCAGCAUACCCCGCGGCCCCUUCAAGGGCGCCUGCGCGUCCCCAACUCCUAGCAACCGCAGGCAGGAUCAGCCGAGGACCGGGCGGUCGUUGGCCUCCCCGCGGGGGCGUUCUCUGCCGGAAUAGGGCGCGGGGAUCUCCGGGGAUCUCCGGUGUCGCCCCAGGCCCGCCCCUGCCGCUGGUGCGCUCACUGGCUGAGCGUGGUGCUGACAACACCGUGCCGAUCCCCUUCCCGGUCAGAAAAAAAAAAAAAAGUCCGGUAAGGUAGGUAGGAGUCAAGGUAUUUGAAAGUAGUUGUUGAAAGAAGGACUGUUUGUACACAACACAAGGAACAAAAGCAGUGAAAAUUAGGACAAGUGUCCUGCGUCUCCGACUCACUUUACCUGGAGCUUAACCUCGUGGAAGCCCUUGGGAGCGAGGCCCCGACCGCCCCUGUCCUGCCGGUGCCGAGACACGAUCCCGCCGGAGGUGGUCCCCGACGGGGAAGAACCUCAAGCCGUGUGGUAAGGAGCAUCUUAGUGACAUCUGGCUGUACAAUCAGGUAGCCCCAAGGAAGAAAAGAAACACAGAGAAAAGAAGCUGCACAAGGAGUCUGCCGUGGACGUCCUUGAAUAUGAAGAGCAUAAGUACAGGGAUCCAGAGCGAGACACAAAGUACAGAGAGAGGAUGGCCCAGAGAGAGAUGCACACCACUAGGGAGAAUCCUCGAGGGGACAGAGACAGAGAAAAACAAAGGGAAAGGAGGAAAGAUGCGAGAGACCAGGAAAAAGAAAAGUUGAAAGAGAAAUAUCGAAGACAAGAUGCAGAAAAGUCUCACAGUAAAGGAAAGGACAGAGAAAAGGAAAAAGACAGAAGGGCCAGGAAGGAAGAGCUGAGGCAGACGACCACCUGCCACAGCCUGCCGGGCCGGGAGCCCAGGGACCAGCGGCGUCCGGAGCGAGUGGAAGGGAAGGUGCGCUCAGUAAGUAAGGUAAGAAUUGAAGAGAAAGAAAGGAGAUAUGAAGACUCUGAAAGAGGAGACGAAGAUCGAGAAAGAAGAUACCGAGAAAGAAAGGUAAAGUUGCAGUACGGUGACAGUAAAGACAAUCCUCUCAAGUACUGGCUUUACAAAGAAGAAGGUGAGAGAAGACACAGGAAGCCCAGAGAGCCAGAUCGAGAAAAGAAGCAUCGAGAGAAAAGCAGCACAAGGGAAAAAAGAGAAAAAUAUUCAAAAGAAAAAAGUAGUUCCUUCUCUGACAAGGAAGGGGAAGAAAGACACAGAGAAAAACGGCAUAAAGAAGCCUUUCACCUUGACGAUGAGAGGCAGCAAAGCAACACGGAGAGAAAAGAGAGGUCGUCCAAAGAAGGGCAUCGGAAGAGGGAACCCAAGAAUGGUGAACACAGAGAUCGAGGUGCAAGUUCAAAAAGAGAUGGGACUAGCAGCCAGCACGCAGAGAAUUUAGUAAGAAAUAAUGGAAAAGAUAAAGAUUCAAGAAGGAAGAGCCGUGAGGAAGGCUCAUCAGUGUGGAAGUUGGCUCAGAGGCAAGGAAGCGAAGAAACGGUGGAAAUUGAAAAGGAAGACAUUGAUUUAGAAAAUGCUAGAGCUGAUGAAUACACAGCCAGUUUUGAAGAUGAUUUUGAGGACUAUGAGGACGACUUUGAGGUUUGUGACGGAGACGAUGAUGACAGCAAUGAGGAGCCCGCGUCGAAAGACAAGACUGAAGACCUUCCUCCAGCUCGGAAGAAGGAGAUCCAGGAGAUUCAGAAGGCCAUCAAUGCAGAAAACGAAAGGAUCAGCGAGUUAUCUUCGAAACUGUUUCAGAAGCAAGGUCAAAUAGGAUGUGAAAGGUCGUCCAGGACAGAUGCAAACAAUUCCUCUUCCAGAACCCCUGUUUGUGGAAUUUUUGUGGAUUUUGCAACAGCCUCGCACCGUCAAAAGAGUCGGACUCAAGCCCUUAAACAAAAGACUCGAAGUACAAAACUGCUUCGGCUUAUUGACUUAGAUUUUUCGUUCACUUUCUCUCUCUUGGAUCUACCACCAGUAAAUGAAUAUGAUAUGUAUAUCAGAAACUUUGGGAAAAAAAAUACCAAGCAGGCAUAUGUUCAAUGUAAUGAAGAUAAUGUUGAAAGAGACAUUCAAACUGAAGAAAUAGACACCAGGGAAGUGUGGACCCAGCAUCCAGGAGAAAGUGCUGUUGUGUCUGGAGGUAGUGAAAUAAAGGAUAUCUCUGAUACUACAGUUGUACCAAAGAUUGAUACUCCAAGGUUAUCAAGCUUUCUCCGGGUGGCUUGUCAGGUGAUUGCUGUUUUGCUUGAAGAAGAUCGUUUGGCUGCUGAACCCAGCUGGAACCUCAGGGCCCAGGACAACACCCUGAAUUUUUGUGAUAGUUCUUCUCAGUUGAACACUGGCCUGCCUUUCCUUCAAAACCGAAAAGUAUCCUGCCUGCAUGCUUCUCAAGUUCAGAGGCAGAUGGUGGUCACUGUUCACGACUUACCUGAAAAGGCAUCUGCCCCCCCACUGGACAGCAGAUAUGUCCUCUGUGUGUGGGACAUUUGGCAGCCUUCGGGGCCCCAGAAGGUUCUGAUAUGUGAGUCCAAGGUCACAUGUUGCUGUUUUAGCCCUUCUAAAGCAUUUCUGCUGUUUGCUGGCACAGCACAUGGCUCAGUGGUUGUAUGGGAUUUAAGAGAAGACUCCAGAAUUCAUCAUUAUGUGAAGCUGAGUGAUUGUUUUUGGACGUUCAGGAUGUCGACAUUUUCUACUGACGGAGUCCUCACGUCAGUAAACCACCGAAGUCCUCUCCGAGCGAUAGAGCCUGUCCCCACGUCUGUCUACAGAAAGCAGAGCUCUGUGCUUUCGCCCUUUUCUACUCAAGAAGAAAUGUCAGGUUUGUCAUUCCACGUCGCCUCCUUGGACGAGAGCGGGGUCCUCAAUGUGUGGGUUGUUGUUGAAUUACCAAAGGCUGACAUCUCAGGUUCAAUAAGUGAUUUAGGUCUAAUACCUGGAGGGAGGAUAAAGUUGGUGCACAGUGCUGUGGUCCAGGUGGGGGACAGUCUUUUCCAUAAAAGUAAUGAAUUCUGGGGGCCCACGCACACACUGAACGUUAAAUUUCUGCCUUCAGAUCCUAACCACUUCAUCGUUGGCACAGACAUGGGUCUCGUAAUCCAUGGCACGAGACAAGAUUUGAGAGUGUCUCCCAAAUUGUUCAAGCCUCAGCAGCGUGGUAUGAGACCAGUGAAAGUUAAUGUGAUUGAUUUUUCACCAUUCGGAGAACCAGUGUUCUUGGCCGGCUGUUCGGAUGGGAGCAUCCGGCUGCACCAGGUGAGUUGCGCGCACCCUCUUGUGCAGUGGGACAACAGCACCCGCGGCCACGCCGUCACCGGCCUGCAGUGGUCACCCACGCGGCCGGCCGUGUUCCUGGUACAGGACGACACAUCCACUGUCUACAUUUGGGACCUCCUCAAGACUGACCUGGGUCCUGUGGCCACACAGCCCAUCGCCCCCGACAGGCUGGUGGCUGUGACCGUCAUGGGUGAGCCAGAGAAGGCCGGCGGCAGCUUCCUGGCCCUGCUCCUGGCCAGGGCCUCAGGCAGCGUGGACAUCCAGUACCUGAAGAGGCAGUGGGCGGCCCCUGUGCUGGACGAGCACCUCCGGCUGCGGCUGCUCCUGCAGGAAGCCCCGUGGAGGGAGGGGCCGGUGCAGAAGUGACCGUGUUGUUGGGAGGACACGGUCGUGUCACAGCCCAAAUUUAAAGACAUAACUAAGGCUGAUGAGUCUACGUUUGGGUGCACACAUAUUGGUGUGUAUAGAGUAUGUGUUCUGUACAUAAUUUGUUUUACAAGAAUGUUGCUUUGGUAUUCCCAGAGAGUAGUUUUGAACCAAUGAAGAAAUGAGCAUUUUAGUGUAUACUAAACCUCAAAGGAAAGAGUCUUAUCCAGCGUGUUCUUUUCUAAGAAUAUUUCUAGUUAUUUUUAGAACAGCUUUAAAAUAUUGUCAUUUAUUAUUGGAUUUUAAACAGUCUACCAUGAAAAUGUGUUUUAAUGAACUAUUUUCUUGGUCAUACAUAAAAUGUUAUGUAUAUACGCUUGUCAAAAGGAGUUACUCCAUUGAAAUGACCUCUGCCAACUGUGUCUUAAGACUUCUUGGGCAUCCUCUUUUGGCAUUAUUUGAAUGUCAUCCAGAGGGUUUAGUCAGACAGAUUUUGCAUUAUGCUUUAGUAUUAAAAAUUGUCUUU